AUGAUGGCAAGCUUCAUCAGCAUGUCAUCCUUAACUUUCCAUAUCCCAUUCCAUGGAACCCCUCCUCUCUCUCCUCCACCUUCUCUAUGUGCUACUCCGUUUCUUCCCCUGCUUAAGAAGAGACGUGGGGUGCGCGAAUUUAAGCUGCUUAGAGUGAAUUGUUUAUCGGAUCAGAGUGAAGAUGCCGCCGAGUCCAAACUCGAAACUCCAUCGCCUUCUAUGAUUAGAGAUGAUUACCCGGAAAAUACAGCAUUCAAGUGGUGUGCAGCUCUUGGAGGCCUUGGAUUUUUGGAGACUUCCUACUUGACCUACCUCAAGUUCACAAAUUCUGAAGCCUUCUGUCCUGUCGGGGGCACUACUUGCACAACCAUCCUCAACAGUGAUUUCUCCGCAGUUUUCGGUGUUCCUCUUCCAUUGAUAGGUAUGCUGGCAUAUGGAUUGGUUGCAACCCUCAGCCUACAAUUAGGUGCAAAGGGCAGGCUUUUAAACAUUGAAAGAAGCAAUGCUCUGAUGGUUUUAAGUGGGACAACUACCGCCAUGGGCGUUGCAAGUGCAUAUUUUUUGUAUAUUCUGAGCACGAAAUUUGCAGGAGAAUCGUGUUUAUAUUGCUUGUCAUCAAUAGCAUUAUCUUUCAGCUUGUUCUUCAUCACCUUAAAGAGUUUGGGGUCUCAGGAGAUUCAGAAAACAGUGGGUUUACAGUUCUGCAUUGCUAGUUUGGUGGUUUUUGCUUUAAGCAGAUCAUACAAUGCUGCCGAACCUAUAUCCACAAGGUUGAGUGAGACUGAAAUACCAUAUUUUGCAACCGAGGUCAAAACAAAAUCAAGUCCUUUGUCUCUUUCUCUUGCAAGACAUCUACAUUCAAUUGGAGCAAAACUAUACGGGGCUUUCUGGUGUUCACAUUGUUUUGAACAGAAAGAGAUGUUUGGGCGUGAAGCAGCAAAAUUAUUGGACUAUGUUGAAUGCUUCCCCGAUGGAGUAAAAGAAGGAACUAAAAUGGCCGAGGCUUGUACAGAAGUUAAAAUUGAAGGAUUCCCAACAUGGGUGAUAAAUGGUCAGGUUUUGAGUGGAGAGAAGGACUUCUCUGAACUUGCUCAAUUAUCUGGAACCAAACUCGAAGAUAUAAGUCAAUCCAAGUAA